GUUGUGUUUGUCCUCAGAACAGACUCUUCAUUGCUCAGGAAAGAACACCUGGUCCUGUAGAACCAAGGGAUGUACAUUGUGAGGAGAGGAAAUGGCAUCUUGCAAACCCAAUAUGGAGUCUGAUAAGGGAUUCCUAAUGCCAUAUGAAGAUGAAGAAUCUGAAUGCUGUCAGGCACAAAGCCAGUCAGCAUUAAGGAUUGUACUUCUGGGGGUGAGAUGGGCAGGGAAAAGUUCAGCUGGAAACAUAAUUUUGGGCAGGGAAGAGUUUGACUCCAGGGUAGGGACUGUCCAUUGUGUGAAGAGACAGGGAGAAACAGCUGGAAGGCAGCUUGUUGUGGUAGACACAUCAGGUUGGGUGUGGCAUUCAGCCCAAGAUGCUACAAUAAGAGUUGAACAGGAAAUAGCAUGCAGUGUGUCACUAUGCCACCCAGGACCCCAUGCUAUCCUUCUAGUUAUUCCCAUGGGAUCACCAGGGAAAAGGUACAAGAAAGCUGUGAGGAAACACUUAGAGCUUCUUAGUGAGACGGUCUGGAACCAUACUAUAGUGCUGUUCACCAAGGGAGACACAACAGACCUGAACAUUGAGAAAGGGGGGAAGAGACUCCAGUUGCUUUUAGAAAAGUGUGGGAACAGGUAUCACAUUUUGGACAAUAAGAGCAAGGACAACUGCACUCAGGUUACUGAACUGCUGGAGAAGAUUGAGGAAAUGGUGGGCAAAAAUGGAGAUGGGUAUUAUGAAAUUCAGAAUAAGGGGACAGAAAGGUCUGUAAAGAGGAGGGGGAAAGUGGAGUGGAAGGUGUGGCGACACCGUGGGAAACCACAGCAAAUCAGUCAGGAUAAAGACACUCAGACUGAAGCUGAACAGUUCAGAGCAUCUGCCAUGCUCCCAAGUGAGAAGAUCCCAAUAAAUAAUCUGCCAGAGGUCAGAAUAGUCUUGCUGGGUGAGAGAGGGGCUGGAAAGAGCACUAUAGCAAACAUCAUUCUGGGAAGAGAGCUCUUUAACACUGAGAGAGUGACUGGGGAGUGUCAAAAGAAAACAGGUCAGGUAGCUGGACAAGAGAUCACCGUGGUAGAUACUCCAGGUUGGAAUGGAGUUUCAGAGCAUGAGACAUUAGAUUGGGUGAAAGAGGAAAUUGUGCAGAGUGUUAAUUUGUGCCCUCCUGGACCCCAUGCUUUGCUCCUGGUAAUUCCAGUGGGUUCAUCUAUGAACAGAAAAACAACUGUGAAGAAACACCUGGAACUUCUUAGUGGGAGAGUCUGGAGACACACGAUAGUGCUGUUUUCUAGAACCAAAGAACUAGGAGAAAUGUCAAUUUCACAGCACAUUGAGAGAGAUAAAGACCUUCAGUGGAUUGUUGAGAAAUGUGGGAACAGAUAUCAUGUUAUUAAUGACUUGAUUUUGUGUGAUGGCACUCAGGUUACACAAUUAUUAACAGAGAUAGAGGAGAUGGUGGAAGGAAAUGGUGGCUGGCAUUUCUCACUUAGAAUGUAUCUGGAGCUGGAAAAACAGAUAAUCCAUUGUCACAAGAAAAGAGAGAAAAAACUAAAACAUAUGAAAUAUUAGGAUGAAUGGAGCAAGAAAGAGAAGACGCUGGUUGAAGGAACAUGAAAGGCAAUAUACCCAGAGGAAAAAAACAAGUAAUCUCAAUAGUAGUCAAGUUUAGCUAAUUUCAUAGAAUAUCAUUGAUAUAUAUAACUCAUGACUGCAAUGGAAAGUACGGCUAUAUUAGGUGAAAAUGUGAGGUGAUUCGAUAUUUAUCAAAUACAGUAUGUAUAAGAAUUUGGUGUAUUUUCAUUUCAAACUACAAUAGGUAAUUUCGGACUUAUAACAGUUAAGAAAGGAACUGCAGCAACAAACACCCUCAAACCACAACACAGUUUAUCCGUCCCCCUUCUCUGUGAACGCGCUCAUGUUGAAACCCCCCCUACACCAUUGGCUGUGGCAAUUCAUUUUCAACCAAUGAGCUUGAAUUAUUGUACAGCUAUACAGUGUUUUGGUACAAGUGUCGGUCCGUCAACUGUAUAUUUUGGAACCCGAUUUAAAGGACUAUAAACACAGGCAGAGGGUCAGUCAACAUGUCAGCGAGCCUUUUUCAGUGAUAGGAAGGGAUUUACAAUGGUUUUGCAACAAUGUUUUAACACAAAAAUCUUACCUAUUGUACCUUUAAAUUGUAUAUUAGGCAGCAGUGUACUCUGCUUCAUAAAGAAGAUAUAAUUUCUGAAAAUAGUGCUGGAAUCUAUUUAUCACAUUAAUUUGUAAACUGCUUUUUCAUUAGAUAGUAGACAUGGGGUCAAGAUUAUAUGUAGUGGAUUGCAGACCAGACCACCAUUGGCUACAAGGCCGUAUAAGAAUGUACCUGAAAUCAGUGAUUAUGGAGAACAAUUGAGUUAAUAGCCUGCAUGUACAUUUUUUUUUUUUUUUUUUUUUUUUUGUCCCCGGUAUCUUGGGCAAGCAGUAUGAUUGAUCUGGGUGCCGUGUGUUUUGGGGCCAGUUUGAUCUAUAACAGGGGAGUAUUGGUACCCUUGUAUUCUUCCAGAGGUGUCAGAUGUUCCCCCUGUUGCUUAUUUCAUACUUUAUUUAGGCAUAUGGGGAUGGGAUAUGAGAUGGGGGGGGGUCUUCGUCUUCUUCCCUGA